AUGACGUCCUUCGCCGAGUCGAUUCUCAUUCAGAAACUCUCCGAACUGAAGAUCACCCAGCUGAGCAUCGCAGACCUCUCCCGGUGGAUCCUCCAGUUCCCCCAGAAAUCGGGCUCCGUCGCCUCGGUGUGGAUUCAGCAGCUCCGCAUCGUCAACCCGCAGAGGAAGCUGAUGCUGCUCUUCUUGGCCAACGAUGUCCUCCAGAACGGCAGAAGAAGGGGCCCGGAGUUUCUCAUCUCGUUCAUACCCGUCCUUCUGGAGGGUUCCUAUCACAUCGCCAUCGAAGGGGACGAAGAGUGCAAAAGGGGCCUGGAAAAUGUGCUGAACAUCUGGCAGGAGAGAAAGCUCUAUAAUGUCGAGUACAUCCAGAAGCUGAGGUUGCCUCUGGAAAACGCCCGGAAGUUUCCACCGCAGGCUCCGAGAGAGGAGCCGCCUCGGAGGUGGACCUACCAGACGGCCGAAGAGUCAGCCCCGAGGGGCGUGCUUAGGGAUCCCUCUCCUCAGCCUUCCGUCCUGAACCUGCCUUUGAUCGCCAGGAUGAUCAACGGUCUGCAGAACCUCCAGCAAUCCGCCUUAGCCGACAGCACCGUGAAAGUGCCCCUCUUUCCACCUGGGGGAGCCCAAGAAGUUUUAUUCACGGAUCAAUUUAUACAUAGAAGAGAAGACGAGGAAGUUGCGAGGACGGAAGAAACCUGCAUGCUCUUAGCCGAACAGAAUGGGAUACUGGCUGCGGAGAUCCACGAACAGCGCCAGCUGAUACAGAUGUUGCUGGUGUGCACCCAGAACCAGAAGGAUGUCUUGGCUGAGAAGGAGAAGAUGUAUGAAGAAAACAGGCAGAAGUUUUUUGAAGCCUCCCAAGCCUGCAACCAACUGAAGGCUUAUCUCCAGGCCUCCCCAGGCCACUAG